AUGUCAUCACUUUUUGGAAGAUAUCGGCGCUCUUGUUUGAGUCAUCGAACAUCAUCAUUAGAUGAAGGAUGGAAAUUAUUUAAAAAUCUUCAUAAAAAACAAUAUAAUUCAAUCGAUGAAGAACAACUUCGACGAAAUAUUUGGGAAGAAAAUGUUCAAAUGAUUCAAAAACAUAAUUUAGAAGCUGAUUUAGGUCUUCAUACAUUUACAAUGAAAGUUAAUCAAUUUGCUGAUCUUACAAACAAUGAAUUUGUUAAACAAAUGAAUCAAUUACAAAUCAAUCCUGAAAAGAAACCAAAUCAAAAAUUUCAUAUUCCAUCAAAUAUAAAACGUCCAGCAUCUGUUGAUUGGCGUACAAAAGGAUAUGUUACACCUGUAAAAAAUCAAGAGCAUUGUGGAUCAUGUUGGGCUUUCUCUACCACUGGUACACUUGAAGGGCAACUUGCAAAGAAAACUAAAAAACUUGUUGCUUUAUCUGAACAACAACUAGUUGAUUGUUCAAUAAAUUAUGGAAAUUUGGGUUGUAACGGAGGUUACAUGGAUAAUGCAUAUAAAUAUCUUAUCGAUAAUCAUGGAAUUGAUACAAAUGAUAGUUAUCCUUAUGAAGGUGUCAUGGGAAAAUGUCGAUUUAAUCCUAAAACCGUUGCAACGGAUGUUAUGAGUUAUGUUGAUAUCAAACCUGGAUCAGAAGAUGAUCUUCAAGAUGCUCUUGCAACAAUUGGUCCAAUAGCUGUUGCAAUGGAUGCAAGCCUCAAUUCAUUUCAAUUUUAUUCAUCAGGUGUUUACUCUGAUCCAGCUUGUUCAUCAACAGUGAUAGAUUUUUCACUUUUGGCUGUUGGAUAUAGUACAACAGUAGAUAAUCAAGAUUAUUAUAUUUUGAAAAAUCAACAUUCAACACAGUGGGGAAUGGAUGGUUAUGCUUGGCUGGCAAGAAAUAAAAAUAAUCAAUGUGGUAUUGCAACAUUGGCUAGUUAUGCAUUGAUUUAA